AUGGCAUCUUCAGCUCCCGAGCAAGCAGGCACUUCAGCCGAGACUCAACCAAGACAACCUAUCUGGUUAAGAUGCGAGAAGAAACCUUUCGAACAUCGAUCAGCUUUGACCCCUACCACCGCUAAGACUUUGAUCGAUAACAACUUUGAGGUCUUCGUUGAGAGAGAUCCUCAACGAAUAUUCGAUGACGAGGAGUUUGAAGCUGUUGGUUGUAAGCUCGUACCUAACAACGAAUGGCCAAGUGCUCCUGUCGAAGUUCCUAUCAUCGGUUUGAAGGAGCUCCCCGAGUCAACUGACCCCCUCCCCCACACACACAUCCAAUUCGCCCAUUGCUACAAACAACAAGGCGGAUGGACCGAUGUCCUUAGACGAUUCAGAGAGGGCAAAGGUACAUUGUACGACUUGGAAUUCCUCGAAGACCCCAAGACCAAGCGAAGAGUAGCUGCAUUCGGUUUCCACGCCGGCUUUGCCGGUGCUGCUGCCGGAGCAUUGGCUUUGGCUGCUCAACAAAAGGACGGCGGUAAAGGUGUUUUGAAGGGACUCAAGCCAUACAAGAACGAACAAGCUAUGGUCGCUGAAGUAUCUGAAGCCCUCAAGACCGUUCAAGGCGGUAAGGAGAACGUCAAGGUUUUGGUGAUCGGUGCUCUUGGUAGAUGUGGUAGUGGUGCUGUUGACCUGUUCAGAAAGGCUGGAUUACCUGAGGAGAACAUCGUCAAGUGGGAUAUGGCUGAAACUGCUAAAGGUGGACCAUUCCAAGAGAUUCUUGAUGUCGAUAUCUUCGUAAACUGUAUCUACCUCUCCCAGCCCAUCCCCAAAUUCAUCACAUCCGAAUUUAUGGCUCAAGCUGGAGAUGCCAGAAAAUUGGCUGUUGUCGUCGAUGUAUCAUGUGAUACUACCAACCCUCACAACCCUAUCCCUAUUUACGAUAUCAACACUACCUUCCCCGAACCUACUGUUGAAGUAGAUACUAAAGGUGUCGGAAGGAGAUGUACCGUUGUAUCGAUAGAUCACUUACCUACUCUCUUACCAAGAGAAGCCUCCGAACAAUUCUCCAAAGACCUCUUACCUACCAUCUUGAGUCUCCCUCAAAGGACUACCGAACCAGUAUGGACCAACGCGGAGAAGUUGUUCAAGCAAAAGUUGGAAGAAGCUAGAGUAGAAGAUGAGAAGAACGGCAUCAAAGCUUAA